CUUAACCGCGUUGAGAGCACCAUUGCAAGCUCAAGCCACAAAGCUUUCAGCUGCGUGCUGAAUACAAAAAGAUCUCUAUAUAACACAUCCGUAUUAUUGAGUUGAGGAAAUGUGGGAUGAUUCACCGCACUGCAAGCCCAGACUGCUGGUGCAACUGGUGAAAUUAAGGGAUUGCAGCGGACGGUGAUUUUCGUCGAUCCUUCCUCACUAAGCGAUAUGCAAAGCACAGAAUAAUGCUUUCCAUUGGACGAGGGCUGGCUUUGGUGCUGCUGUUUCUUGGUGCAUUCUCCAGCGGAGUCGCUGCGAAGCGGUCGUCUCGUGUCGGGUCCGCCGCUGGCGCGUGGGACUGCGACGAAUGCCCCGAAAUAGCAGCACCAGUAUGUGUCGCUGGUGUAACGUUCAGGCACGCCUGCCUCGCCGCGUGCCAGGGGUUGCCGAGUGGCGCCAACGGUCCGUGCGCAGGUGACAAACUCAUUGCGACUGCCACUGGUGUUCUGGACAGCGACCCCGAAGCGGCGGCCGCGGACGUCGCAUCUACGAGUUUGCAGGGCUCCGCUGACGCCACGGCUGUCAGCAGCAGCGGCCGCGGUGCGGCUGCUGUCAGCAGCCGCAGCAGCGCUGCCGGGGAGGAUAGUGGCAAGCACCACAAGCGGAAGCACGCACGUGGGCAGGACAUGCACCGCUUCCGACAGCACGGCUUCGUGUUGGUGGGCUCGCUACCGCUGGCGUCGGCAGCUGAGGCCUCGCCGCAGGCACCGCCGUCGCAGCCGCCAUCCCAAUCAAAGGGUGGCAGCGGCGAUGGCGGCGGCGGUAAUGGUGAUGGUGGUGGUGGUAGUGUUGACAGCGAUGACACGAUUUUGGGCGAGAGCUCAUGGGACCCCGAGCGGGCUAACAUGAGGACGCCCAAGUCCAGAUUUAACCCUGGAUCUAGCAGCAGCCGCGACGGCAGCAGUAGCAGUAGCAGCAGCAGCAGCAGUGGCUCGGAUGGGAUGCAGGUCCGUGCGUUGCGCUACUCGGUCGCCGACGGCCUGCUCUACGCAGAACUGGCGGCUCGCCCGGCGCUGGAGCCCGCAGUGCGGCGAGCGCUGUCGGCAGCGACCUCGCUUGACGGCGCCGCCUGGCUGGCCCCAGCCGCCGGCGGGGACCAGGACCAGGACCAGGAGCAGGAGCAAGAACUGGGGCGCUUUGAGUCGUUUGAAGCCAUGGCGACCACGAACGGGAGCGUGGAGGAUGGCGGGGCCUCCGCUGCUGUCGCGGCGGCCGCUUUAGCCGGUGCCGGGUAUAGUAAGCGGGGCAGCGGCCGUGCAGCAGGCCCCCUAGAGCUGCUGGAGCCCGAGAGCGAGUCCGCCGCCGGCGGCCUGCUCCGCAGGCAGUGGCAGGUGCCCCGGCAGCAGCAAGCGCAGCCGCAGCAGCGGCAGCGGCACCGGCGCAGCCUGCAGCAGGGGCUGCAGUGGUCCGGCGAUGCGCGCUGGCGCGUGCGCGAUGCCGCCGCCUGGCCUUUCUCGGCUGUGGCGUACGUGGUGUAUAAGCAGCCUAGCACGGGCUCGCGCUACCAGUGCUCGGCCACCUUUAUUUCGCCGGUGGACGUGCUGACAGCUGCGCAUUGCGUGUGGGACUUCGACAACCAGACCGCCUACCGCGACUGGCGCGUGUGGCCGGGCCUGGCAUCGGCUUCCAGCGCCCCCUCCAACGCCGCUGCCUUCAUGGCGGAGUACGUCACAUUCUACCGCACGGAGGCGGCGGCGGCGGCGGUUGGCGAUACAACGGUCUUCAAUGACCUCGACCGCGCCAACCGACGCGGGCCCGGCGGCGUUGGAAACGUAACCGACGAGCAGCAGUACGGCGAGCAGCGCUACGACGUCAACUACUUUGACAUUGCAAUCAUUCGUGUCAACCGCUCGCACAACAGUUGGCUGGGGCUUAAGUACGACUGCUCCGUACAGUCGUACCCCAAGACCAUGGCGUGUGGCUACCCCGCCACCUGGCCGGCCAGCUACUGGCAGCACUGCAGCCAGUGCUUCCUGGCCACCAGCUCCUGCCGCCCGCUGUGGCAGAUGUACAAUUUCUGCUACAGCGAGCGCGGGCAAUCCGGCAUGGCCAUCACUGACCUGCACGACAGCCGUGUGCUGGGCGUGCUGAGCGGCGGGCCCGCCAACGGCUGGGACUACUCCUUCUGGACGCCCAUUGACGCCUUCCACUUCCAUAACAUUGUGCGCUGGCUGGCGCCCAACGAUGGGACCCUGGCGACGCCGCCACCACCGCCGCCGCCGGUUCCGCCGUCGGGCGGUGAGAAGCAGUCACCGCUGCGGCAGGAGCGACUGCCAGACGCGCCGCCACCGCCGAAUGUGCCGGAGGCGCCGCAGCCGCCGCCGCGCCCGCCGCGGCCCCCACCGCCGCCGCCGCCAUCGCCGCCGCCGCCGCCACCGCUGCCGCCAGACGCGCCUGCGGACCCGCCGCGCCCGCCACGCCCGCCGCCCAAGCAUUCCAAGCCGCCGCCCGCAAACAAGCCGCCGCUCAUCCUCAAGCCCAAGCCGCCGGGCCGCGCCGUUCGCAAGAAGUUCCCGCCGCCGCGCUUCGCGCCUCACCCUAGCCCCGCUCCCUCCGGCAUCCGCAGCGCUUAUGUGGCCUUAGAGCACAGUGUCGUGGUCGACCAGGAGGCCCUUUCCUCGGCCACAGCCGCCGCCGCCAAGGCCACCGCGGCCUCCACGCGGGCCGCUGCCACCACAACCGCCGCCGCCGCCAGGUCUGCCGCGCUUCCCUUGGAUGGCGGUGGCGCAGCCGAUGGGGAGCCGCCGCUGGAGCCGCUGCUGCCGCUUGCCGCAGCCCUGAGCGACCCGCCGCCGCCGCCGCCGGCCCCGCCGGGCCCCGAGGCGCCGCCGGUGGUGGAGAUUCGCGGGGCGGGCAUUGCGCCUUCAAGCGGUGGCGUGUCUGGCAGUGCGGCGGCAGUGGGCGUAGCAACUCGCGCCACCGCACCCGCCUCGUCAUCCCCCAGCACCAGCACCAGCACCACUGAAACUGUCCGGAACACCAACACCACGUCAACCGACACUGCCAGCACCGGCACGCGCGAAUGCACCGAGGGAGACGUCCGGCUGUCGGAUGGCCCCAACGCCUGGUCCGGCCGCGUGGAGCUUUGCAGCGGCGGGCGGUGGGGCACCCUGUGCGACGCAGGCUGGGGCUGGGAUGACGCACGCGUGGUGUGUCGUCAGCUCGGGCUGGGCGAGGCCGGUGGCGAGGCAAUGCUUGGAGGCUGGUUCCCGCCUGGGGCCGCCGCCAUGCCCAUCCACGCCGGCGGCAUUGCCUGCGUUGGCAGCGAGGCGCGGCUGUCGGCAUGCCCGCAAGCCGGCCUGUCGUCGUCGCUAUGCACUGGGCACGAGUUCGACGCCGGCGUCAUAUGCAAUAAUCCGUCCGUGGCGUCGCCACCGCCUUCGGCCGGUGCCACCAACGGCAGCGGCUGGGGCCGCGGCGGCUACCCAUGCACAGGUUAUGCCGACGGAGCCUUGCGGCUGGUGCCGGCGACCGGCCUGCCGCCGUCGCCACAGUCGCCGCCGCCGGCGUCGGCUUCGGUGCCUGUCGACGUGACGACGGGCCGGCUGGAGGUGUGCCUGGGUGGCGAGUGGGGUAGCGUCUGCAACGACGGUUGGGACGACAGCGACGCAAGCGUGGCGUGCCGCCAGCUCGGCUUCGCAAGCGGCGUCGCCGUCACCAGCCCCACGCCUGCGGCCGACGGUGCCGUCACCAACAGCCCGUUUGCUGGACCCAACAACAUGACCAUCUGGCUCACCGGCAUGGACUGCGGCGGCGGCGAGGACGGGCUCACGGCCUGCCCGCACACCGUCGGCCUGGGCUUUGGCGCCGCCGCGCCGCCGGCGUGCAGCCACCAGGAGGACGCGGGCGUGGCGUGCAGCCGCAGGCCCGCGCCGCCGUCGCCGCCGCGCCCUCCGCCGCCGCAGUGCAGCGAGGACGGUGCGUUGCGGCUGCAGCCGCUGCCCGCGGCCGUUGCCGCAGCCGCCGGCCUGAACGCCACCGCCUACGCCACCGGCCGCCUGGAGGUGUGCUACAGCGGCCGCUACGGCCUAGUCUGCGACGACAAUUUUGGCGCGGCGGAGGCGCGCGUGGCGUGCCGUCAGCUGGGGUACUUGUACGGCAAGGUCCUGGGACCCGAGGACAUGGCGGCGGCGGGGAACCCGCUGGCGGCGGGCGCGCCCGCCGGCGCCGCCACCACCUUCUGGAUGGAUGAGGUGGACUGUACGGCGUUCGACACCGCGUUCACGGGCUGGCUGGGCCGCCUGACGCAGUGCAUGUUCUCGGGGUGGGGCAACAGCGACUGCGACGCCAAGAUUGAGGCGGCGGGCGUGGUGUGCUCCAACGACCCCAGCGUGCUGGUGCAGCCGCCGCCGCCCUCGCCGCCUCCGCCGCCGCCGCCGGCGCCCUAUGCCUGCAACACGCCCUUCAGCCUGCGCAUGGGUGCAGGUAACGGCACUGCGGGUCGCCUGGAGAUGUGCUCGCGUGGCGGCACCUGGGGCACGAUCUGCGAGGUGGGAUGGGACAACGUGGACGCCGGCAUCGCCUGCCGCCAGCUGGGCUUCGACGGCGGCGUGGCACUGCCCUCCGCCACCACCGACCCCAAGCGCGGCUUUCCCUCCGCCGGCUCGUCGCAGCCGCUGCUGUUUUACGAUAUAACCUGCAGCGGCUCCGAAGCCACCCUCACGCAGUGCCUGGGCAGGGCGAAUGCAGCCAAUAACAGCGGCUGCGUCAACCCCCGCCGCGACGCCGGCAUCGCGUGCUUCAACACGCGCUCGCCGCCGCCCGCAGUGGCGGAUACCUUCUCCUGCUCCAACACCUACGCGCUGCGGCUGAUGAUGGGCAACGCCACGAUCACCACCGCCGCUGGCUCGGGCCGCGUGGAGGUGUGCUAUGGCGGCCGCUGGGGCAGCGUGUGUCGCGACGGCUGGGAUGACGCCGACGCGGGUGUGGUGUGCCGGCAGCUGGGCCUCAGCGGCGGCACCGCAGUGACCGACGACCGCUUCGGCUUUGCGUCCAAGGACCUGCCGGUGUGGCAGGACGAGGUGGCCUGCCGUGGCGAGGAGGCGGCGUUCGCGGCGUGCAGCCUGCGCGAGUGGGGCAACUCGGACUGCUGGCGCUGGCCGCGGCUGGACGCGGGUGUGAUGUGCGGCCCGCCGCUCAGCUCCCUGCCCAGCCCCGUGCCCGCGCCUAGCCCGCUGCACGUGGCGCCUUCGCCUGGAUACUACCCCGGCUCGCCUAGCCCGCCACCAGCGUCGCUGUCGCCUGGGUACUACCCCGGCUCGGCUGCGCCGCCGUUGCUUGGGCCCAUGGCUUACCCGCCGACGCAGUCACCGGCGCCGACGCAGCUGCGACCACCUUUGGUGGUGUCCUCGCCACCUGGCGGCCGCCUGUAUGCAUGCUCCUCCGAGGGCGCGCUGCGGCUGGUGGGGUUCUCCACCUCCUCCAGCGGCUUCAACGUAGCCAGCGGCCGCGUGGAUGUGUGCUUCGGCGGCCAAUGGGGUGCCGUGUGCGGCCGCGAGUGGACCUACUACCCCAGCAGCAGCAGCAGCAGCAGCAGCAGCAGCAGCAGCAGUGGAGGCGGCAACGGCACCGACGGUGCGCGCAGUGACGGAACGGGCGAUGUGAUGUGGGACGACGACACCGCAACGGUGGUGUGUCGGCAGUACGUGACGGCGCUGCUUGCCGCCAAGGGCAGCAGCACUAGCGCUGAUGAUGUGUUGUUUAGUGCUACGGGGCUACUGCCGGGGGAUGCGUCCUUCCCGGGCCUGGCGCCGGGCCAGGGUUUCGCCGUGUCGAGUGUGCAGUGUGACGGCACGGAGGCAACCCUGGAUGACUGCAGCCGCUCCGGCUGGGGCACGGUGCCGGCGGCGUGCGGGUCGGCGGACGCGGUGGGCGUGCAGUGCGUGAUGCGGCCGUUUUGAGUGAGUGGUGGGGCAGUGAGUCCAUGCGUGUGUGAGCGGACGGCUACGGCAGCCGCUUGCUGAAGCUGCGUGUUGAGUGGUGCGUCUUUUGUCAGUGGGCGAGAGGCAUCCUUGGCAAGGUGGGGGCUUGGGAUUUGGAAGGCGUGCAGUGACGCGACUCUAGACUGCAGUGCAUGCCGAGUAGGACAGGAUAGCUGCAGGAUAAAGGACUUAACACAAGGUGAACCGAAGAACAAGUGGGAGGCGCAGGAUGGUGACGCAAUUGCUGGAUGUGGCUGCUGUAGGAAACAUGGGUGGGUUGCCGUCGUUAUGUGAGGGCCGGUGCAUGCUGGCACGUGGCACGGCGCUGGUGAUGAUCAUAUAUGGGGGCUAACUUAUGCAAAGUGUAUCAUUCUUUCCACGUUAUGUGUACAACGGCAUCUGAACGUGUUUUUGUUCCAACUCUGGGCGACAACAUAGCUGGUCAUGCAUUCGAGGCCGCCUGUGCGCGGCCAGUCAUACUAAUUUCCCCCACCAACAUGGCAGUAGUCGGGCCGGGUCUCAUGAGAAUGCUCCCGGCCGCGUCCGUGCCUUUACCGUAGUUCGACCCGGCCGCCUCGUGACACCGUUAAUCAGCACUUCGUAGGCUUGAAUAGGACUUGUGCUGCUGAUUGUGCAGCACUGUGUGCAUCUAUGAGAUUCCAAUUGACGCACGUGGUGAGGCGUGGCCUGAUGGAUGGCUGCACAGGUGGCGUAGAGGGCAUGCCCAGUGCCAGGUAGCGUCUUGUCAUGGCGCUUGGUGUUGGUGUACCUGAUCUGCCUAGCCAAUCCUGUGUACUGAAGCUGGCUUCUAAGCUUUACCAGGCCUGUUGACUCCCUUUGACUCUAAAGUGAUCACAGGAUAGACUAAUUGAUUUAAGGGGUUCGUGUGAUUUCCUGAUCGGCUGUUAGCGUGAUUUUUGAACAGAAGCAUGAGCAAGUUUGGCAACGAUUGGAAUGAUUGAGUUGUCUGCGACUGUAACUGGCUCAGGCA